AUGGCAGACAGCUCUAAGCUCGCAGGCAGACUGUGUGUAGACAUGCAAGACUGUAGAUUUAAGCUUCUUUUUGACUAUUCUGCCACAGAUGAGAUGGAAAUGGGUAAAGAAAGAGAUAGGAGGCAGCUGUCUUGCUCCAUUUUAGAGUUAGGUGUGGAUCCCAGAGCCGGACAGAGUGUAUAUGAGUAUGUGUAUUAUACGGACUUCAUUUUGGAAGGAUGUGGCAGUGCCGAGGCUGAAGCUUAUUUAAGUAGCCCAAUAUCCUACACAUUACCCAUCAGUUCCACCUUAAGUGUGACCCUGGUGCAAUUCAACAUCACAACAGAGUGUAAUGUGACUGAUACAGGGAAGAUGUGUAUCUGUAAGGACGGCUACAAAUGGAACAUCACUGCGUGCUACACUUACCGUCCUUGCAGCAAUUCCUCUUCUUUUUGUUCCUGUCUGUUUAUUCCCAAUGACAAUAUUCCCUAUUGUGAAAGUCCUCCAAACAUUUCUGACCAUAUAGUUGACAUAAAUGGCUCAAUUAGCCUGAAUGAGACCUUCACAACAGAUCUCCUAGACCGAACUUCGGUAAAGUACCAAACGCUGGAAUACAAUAUGACUCUGGCCCUCUUGAAUGUCUACACAAAGUUCUGCAAUCCUCUCAAUGUGUCUGUGCUCGGGUUCAGUCCAGGAAGUGUGGUUGCAAACUAUAGGAUGGUGGUUUCAGGUCCACUGUCUGCUUCUCAGUUUGCAUCAAGCAACACUAUGGUUGUACAGUCACUUACUGGUGCCAUUGCAUCCCAGCUCUCAACAGCAGGAAUAACCCAUAUUGAGCCUGUGAAGCUCAUGGUGAGAUACUGGGACCCGAUCCAGCUGACCUGUCAAAUUAAUGAAACAAUAAAUGCUGUGAACUGGUCUCUGACCACCAAUAACAUCACCAACAUGAUUUAUCAAGGUGGAAAAAAUGUGGACAUCUCAAUGCAGGUCCAGUCAGAUAAGACUAUCUCUGUUCUUACCAUCAGCAAGGCGGAUCUCUGGUGGGAAGGGACAUAUAUUUGCCAGUUUUUCAAUGACACCCUAGUCCAUAAAGCAAAAACAGAGGUCAAUGUUAUCCUCCUCCCAUCUGAGAUCACUGUCAACCCAAUCCAGAAGACUUUAACCUCAGAUGACAUUUCUCAAUUGGUAUUGGAAUGCUGUAUACCAUUUGACGGUGAAGAAUACAACGUAACCUGGACUUACAACAAUGUGACGCUAAGAGUACAGCCUGGUAGUAGGAUGGAUUUGAAAUGUUUUUCACUGGCUCCUCCACGUCCCACCAAUGACACAAAUUACACCUGUACAUUUACAAAUCAAGCUGGACAGCAGAAAGAGUCUUCUAUCCCUGUGACUAUAAUGCAAGUGGGCGACAAAUAUUGUGGCAUUGACAUGAACUCUGGGGUGACCUGGAAUAUUACUAAAGCCGGCUUGUCAGCUACUGCACUCUGCCCUUCUGGGACAUUUGGAUAUCUGACUCGAGAUUGUUCGGUAGAUGGAGUGUGGCUGAUGGUACAGAAUAAUUGCAUAAACCAGGUUUUGCAGAUGUCUCUAAGUAAUGCUCAGGCACUGGAGGAAGGUCUCGGAAGCUCUUAUGUAAAAGUACCAGAAAUAAUCCAACAGAUGUCCAACAGUAGCGGGACAUUUGUUAACAAUACAGCGGAGGUGUCUGCAGUGGUCACCAUAUUGGAAACCAUCUCCAAAAUAGCAUCAGUUCUGAACAAUACAUUUGAGUCCGAUGUAGUCACAGGUUUCCUCCAAGUGGCCAACAACCUCACAGACUUGAGCUAUACAUCUCUGUGGAAAGCCCCCAAUAGUCCACCAGCUUCUACUGUGCUUAAGUCAGUAGAGCGGUUUAGCCAGCUUCUUCGUGCAGAGAAUGGCUCCUUUGAAAUUGAUGUAGAAAAUAUCCAAGUAAAAGGCAAUGCUUAUGAACUAGGCCAAGCUGGGCAAGACUACCAGAAGACCUUUGAGAAACUUGGAGUGAGCACGACAAUUGAUCAGCAAACUAUAUUUUCACUUCUGCAAAAACACAAGGUGAAGAUCACCAGUGUUGCCUUCAACACCAUCGGUAGCCUCCUACAAAGUACAACUGAGAAAUUUAAUGACGCACAUUUAAAUAGCUUUGUGCAGUCUACAUCUAUACGGCUAUCGGAUUCCAUUUCUGCUUCUUCCAAUAUCUUAAUGUCUUUUCAAACAAAUGUGUCAGAUAAAAGGUAUUCCCAACAUUGUGUUUUUUGGGACUUCUCUCUACCAGGUCCUGGUGGGGCUUGGUCAGAUGGUGGCUGCACCUCAUGGGUGGAAGAUAAUAUAACCUACUGUAGUUGCAGCCACUUGACCUCAUUUGCAGUACUUAUGUCAAUAAAUGUGGAACCGCUGGCUUUAAUAGAGGAAUUGACUUAUGUUGGACUUGGUGUCUCCAUACUUUCUCUCUGUAUCUGUGUCUUGGUUGAGUGGUAUGUAUGGAAAGCCGUAGUCAAGACAAAUAUCUCAUAUUUUCGACACAUCUCCUUGGUAAACAUUGCAGUGUCCCUACUGUGUGCAGAUGUCUGCUUCUUGUCUUCGGCUUUUCCUUCUAUCAUCACCAAGAAGCUCAUCUGCCUCUCAAUAACCUUCUUAAACCAUUUCUUCUAUCUAGCUCUAUUCUUCUGGACCUUUGCCCAGAGUGUGAUGCUCUUGCAUCAAUUACUUUUUGUCUUUCACCAUCUGAGAAAGAGAGUUUAUGUUUCCCUGUCAUUCUUAGUUGGAUAUUUGAUUCCAGCCAUCAUAGCUGCUGGCACAUUUUUGUAUUUCUACCCCAAAGAUAGAUAUAGACAUGAAGAACUAUGUUGGUUGAAUCCAGGAAGCGGUGCCAUCUAUGCCUUUGCCAUACCAGCUGGAUCCAUCAUCAUCUUCAACUUUCUUACUCUUCUGGUUGUUAUCGCCAAGUUAUCUCGCCCUUCUGUAUCUGAUAAGAACCAUCCUGAAGAUAGGGAUACAGCUAAGAGCAUCUUGAAGGCCAUCCUGGUUCUAACCCCUGUUUUUGGAUUGACUUGGUCCUUCGGAUUUGCUUUGUUGACAGAACUUGAUUACUUGACCAAACAGAUUUUCACAUAUGGAUUUGCUGCAAUGAAUGCUUUCCAGGGUUUUUUCAUUCUACUAACCUGCAUCACAGAAAGAAAGGUAAGCUCAAUGUAA